AUGUUUGCGAUGUUCUCCGUCUCCCAACCAAAAACCCGGUCUGCGCCCACCAAGCCUCCCAGGAACUUUGCUGUGCGGGUCUUCAAGGGCCCAGCAGUAUCUACGGUGGCUUUCCCCCACACUGCGACUGGCAAAUUUGAUGCUGGAUAUCGACCAACUCCGAGUAAUGACCCUCGACAACCACAAAGCUGGUAUAACGGUCCCACUCGCCAGCCAGCCGCACUGUCUAUCCCUCGGGAGCCUCUCAAAGCUGCUGGCCGCUUUGUCAAUGCAACCCCUCAUCCUUCUGCACCAACCAAUUAUGCCGACUUUAUUUACGAGCGCUCGCUUUCUUCGAAAUCCGACAUUUAUUCAGACGAGUCGCCAUCGACAUCUGUUUCCACCACCCCAACCUCUUUAUUUUCGCCGGCAUUCUCGGCCAACAGCUCUCUGACAUCGACACCGUCUGAGGGUACUGUGACCCAAACGACUACUAGUAGUAGACCGAACGCUUUUCCUCUCAAUAUUCCUGCACUAUCCCAGGCUCAGUCGGCUGUGCGGAAUCACGGUCUCUUUGCUCACCCAAACGACAAUAUCCAACAGCAACAACAGACCCAGCCAAUGCUUAUACCAGCGACACGUGCUCCCGACUCAAGUCCUCCGCGAAUUGACAACAGCCCGGUUCGCAUGCCUCUGUCCGAGUCGCCUCAGGAUGACGCUUCACUCAUGGGCUUGAUUCCUCCUCCGAGAUCAGAGGCGGAAGCAACGGUGGGUGAAUCUGAGCGACUAGCUUUGAGAAAUGCUCAGAUGAAUGCUGCUGGGUCGGCGUAUUAUCAAGCAGGUUUUCAAAUGCGACGAACGCAAAGUCGUUCUAGCUCCCGUUCCCCGGAGAGGACCAAUGGCGCCGCUGGUGUUUACGAGUCCUCGAGUAUUGUUACCACUAACUCGGCGAGGACAUCUCCUACCAUCGUCAACGGAGUUGGUUAUGCAGCUUCCGACACAUCCUCGGUCACUAUCGUCGAUUCGCAGGCGAUACCACCACGUCCUCGAGUCGAUUCGCUGGCUCUAAGUGCAAGACACCUUCAUGUCAAUAUUCCCGUCUCUCAACUUGUUGAGCUCGGGAGUCCAGAGCCAGAACGCGAACGUCUCCGAAUUAUGACGGCGGGUGAAGAGUUGCGAGGGUUGAACAUGAACGGAGUACAACGAGAGGUUUAUAACAAUACCAUAACUGCAGGCACACAUCAUCGGAUGCCGCCAUUGCCUUCAGUCAUUCCUGCAGUGGUCAGAUCUGACAGUGGCGACGACCGCGUCCGCUCCCCAAUAACUGACCGCCCUCUUCGAGAGCGCGAGAGGCGCAGCUCCGGUAACCUCUGGGGCUCUAGUUCACAAACACCCGAUCGUCGUUCACCCAUUCAAACUCCCGCUCGACCAUCGAGUACACCACCAGUCCCUCUCCCUCGAAUCGACACAUCCGCUGGAAGGUCGACAUAUCACGGAGUUCCUGCCGCUCCUCCUCCCACCCCAGCCUCGGCACAACAGUCUCCCACUAUUCGUCGGGACUCUCAGUCGGGUCCGGCUCCGAUUCCACCACCCCUUCUCCCUCCUCCCAAUGGGGGGCCAUCACGUGUUCGAACCCCUGUCGCUGGUCCACGUGCAGGAAAUGUCCGACGACGUUCAGACGGCGAUGAACCUGUGAACAGUACUGUGGCUGGUCCAAGUCAGAAUCCGGUAUUUCAAGGUCACAAAUCCCCUCCAGGGGCGUUGCCUCUUGAACCCCAGCGUCGGCGAUCAGUCCAAUCUGUGGUACCUCCUCCUGCACAACCACAGCCACCAGCUUCACGUAACGUUCGAUGGACGGAAAACCUGGUUUGCCCGUCACCUAUUUUCGCAAGUCAAAGACGUAAGGGAUGGUGGAAUCGUCGCGGUGACCAACUUUGGACGAAUGAUGGGGCCUAUAAACCAGUUCCUAAGGGUUUCGAGUUCCCAAACGACCUGCGCGACUAUCCCGAGUACGGAACUGGCUGGAUGAAUGAGGAUGGGGUCAGAAUUGACAUGGGUCAUCGGCUGAUACCCAAGGUGCCAUUGCGUUCUGCCUUGAAGCAGCCUAGAGGCCCUGUCGUUCUUGUCAACCCGGGCGGUCCGUGA